UCAUUAGGAGCAGUGCAGCUCUUGUCUCAGUGGGUUUGGCCCCUGCAUGACAAGUGAAGCAGCUGUAUAUAUGAGCUGGGAGCUGAACCCUCCGUCAGUGCUGUCCACGGUGCGGCAGGAAUGGCUGGCUGGGGCGGCUUCUUCAUUUCUCUCCUCAACUACAAGACGGAGAAAUAUGUCAUUGCCGAAAACAGGAAAAUCGGGAUUUUAUUUCGGCUCUAUCAGCUGGCCGUGCUGGGAUACUUAAUCGGGUGGGUGUUUGUGGUGAAGAAAGGGUACCAGGAGAGAGAAGAAGCCAUCCAGACAUCGGUCAUCACCAAACUUAAAGGAGUCACUCUGACCAACACUUCAGAGACAGGUCCUUACCUGUGGAGCGCUGAGGAUUAUGUCAUACCACCUAAUGGUGAGCAGGUGUUCUUCAUCGUAACAAAUUACAUCGAGACCCCUAAUCAGAGGCUGGGGCUCUGUGCUGAGAGUUUCAAGGUGCCGAAUGGACGAUGUCAAAGUGACGAUGACUGCGUGGAGGGGGAGAGUGUAACAGCUGGUCAUGGAAUCAAGACCGGCCUGUGUCUAAACAGCACGGGGACCUGUGAGAUUCAUGCUUGGUGUCCAGUUGAAUACAGCAGAAGACCCACAGAGCCGCGACUGAGCGAAGCAGAAAACUUCACCAUCUACAUCAAGAAUUUCAUCAGGUUCCCAAAGUUUGAAUUCUCCAAGUCCAACGUCCUUGAAACCUCUGAUGAGAGCUACCUGAAGAGAUGCUCCUACGACAAAGAAAACCACCCUUACUGCCCCAUCUUCCGCCUCGCAGAUCUCGUCAGCAGCACUGGAAAUGACUUCCAGGACAUGGCUGUUAAGGGCGGCUCUGUUGGGAUUCUGAUCGAGUGGAACUGUAACCUGGAUAAAGACGCCUCUCAGUGCAAUCCACAGUACAGCUUCACCCGUCUGGACAGGAACUUCAACAACUCGAUCACGUCAGGAUACAAUUUCAGAUAUGCCCGAUACUAUAGGGACGAAAAUGGUGAAACCUACCGCACCUUGUACAAAGUGUAUGGGAUUCGCUUCGAUAUAAUGAUCAAUGGCCAGGCUGGGAAAUUCAGUAUUGUUCCCACAAUAAUUGCUAUUGGCUCAGGUGUUGCUCUGCUGGGUAUAGGAGCUUUUGCAUGUGAUAUGAUUCUACUGUACAUGAUGAACACGAGCUCCUUCUACAGAGACAAGAAGUUUGAAAUCAUCAACUUCAAGAAAGAACGAAACAAAGCCAAAGACGGGAAAGCAGGACACCGAGAGAGGAGGUCCAGGAAACCAGCUGCAGAGAGAGAGGCGGCCAACUCCUUAAAGAAGUCAGAGGAAACUGAACUCACUGUGGAAUCUUCUCAUAGUGACGAGAACCAGCCGCCUGUGGAGAGACGAGGUCCCACCAUUCCACGCAACACAGGACAGCGAUACUCUGCCGCUCUGUCUCCCCAGGGUGCAGAGCCGAAGCAUCACAUCUCCUUCUCCUCACACAAUUAGGUUUGCAGGGAGAGCAAGACAAACCACCUGCCUGCCGUGGCCUCUGCUACGCUGCAGGAGGUGAACCAAAAGUCAGACUGAUUCUCACCUGCUGGCAUGGUCACUAGCAUGAGUGAUGUUUGCCCUGACUGAAGACGUGUUGGUCCAGGAGAAUGUUGUGCACUGUGAGAGAGGGUCAGGAUUCUGAUGUACGCAGGAAGGUGGCUGGGUGGGGAUUCAAAGGUGGGAGAUUACAAGAGGUCCAUUAGCAAUCCAAUUCAAACUAGCAGAGUGACACUUGUUAUAAUAACAAAUAAAUAGUGGUAAAAUGACUAAGACAUUAAGUGAAUUGCUUAAAAUUCCUUGUGCCCAAUUGGUCCAAAAGUUUAAUCUGGAUCAGAAUGAUCCAGAUUAAACAACACCGUGUUUUAUUAUCCAGGAUCAGGUAAUCCAUUCUGUGUAGGCUAUUCACACUGGACUGGAUCACUCUCAUCCAGACAGAAACCUUUCACGAUCAUCAAAUGUGGUCCAGCAGUGCUCUAAAUGGGACUAAAUAUCACAGUGGAGGUUAGCAGGUGGAACAGGCAGGUUGGCAUGGAGUCACUUUAAGUGUUUGAAUUUAAAGAGACAGAAAACAGCACAAUAAAACAUUACAUGCAUCUCAGUCCGUUUUCAAAUUCUUUUCAGCAGUCACACCCCUCAUUAGACACGUUUUAAAUCAUUUUUAAAGAAGGUGAAAAAUGUCCAAUAGGUACGAAUGUUUAGAGUUCUUCUUUUUUCUUUUGAAUGACCAAUUUUAAAAGGUUUGAUCCAAUCUGACAGCAGAAAUAUAAUCACAUUACUGCUGACCUGUUAGGGUCUGGGUGUCGCCUUAUGUGAUGGAAAUAAACUUGUUGAGAAAGCAGAACAAGUAGAUGAAGAUCUGUCUUUAAGCAUUUAGUGAGAGAUUGAGAGCAGAUAUAUAGUCACAUUCGAGAGUGGUGGAUGAGAACAGCUUCCGAAACUGUCAAACUGACAAAAAGCAAGAAAACUGGAUGUAUUUAAACCGUAUAUAUAUAUACCGCUUACCUAUGUGUGUAUAUAUAGAGAGAUAUAUAUACAGAUUGUCUGCCUUACGAAAAAAAGAAACUAGGUCUACGUUGACUGAAGGUUCAUCUGCUUUGGGUUUGGUUUUGUGGUUAGGAAAAUGUAGCUGCAAUAGCUGAGAGCAAAGGGACGUGAUGCAUGCUCAAAUGCAUUUUCUAAUCACACUUUAUAAAAACAAAGGAUUUGUUUUCUGUUUCCAUAUCUAUACUUACAGCUGUUGAUUUGAGUAAAUGUCCAAUUUUAGUAAUUAAUGAUGUCUCUCAGUUUUAACUUUCGGCCUUUUAUGAAUUUUCAUAAAAUCAAUUGUAGCCAUUUAUAUUUUGCUAAAACUUCAACACGGACCUUAGGCGAAGACUUUACAUAAAAUUAAUAGUGUUUACUAAAAAAAAAAAUUAUAUGAACGCUGCAAAAACAAAUCAAAAAAUACUAUGACAAAUUAUUUAGUGAACAUGUGUGUUUAAAAAAAAAAACGGCACUUGAAAGCAAUACACAAGAAAAUGCGUAAAUGGUCGUAAUUGUUGGUAUUUCAUUUGGACUUGUGAAAGUUCUUGUGUUACUGUUAAACACUGCUGCUACGUCUCCUGCUGUAUGGACAGUUUCUUGUGCUGAUUGUGACUUUGAUAUCGGUUGUGCGACGACUACGACACAAUCAUAUAUACAACAUAAUUCAGUGUUGAAGCUGAGGAAUGCAGCCUGUCAUGUAAUAAACAGGUCACUCUAUGCUGACUUAAUGCCAUCUGACAUUUCACAGUCUGGAAGCUCUGUUAUAAAUACUUUUUGUUGUUGUUUUUUUUUUUUAGUUUGACCAUCGGAGCUAAAUGCUAGGCCUCAUCCACCACUGUUUUUUCACUGGGUUGGGAUGAAACAUCCACAAAACUUGAAGGAUAACUUAACUGUUGUUGCUGAAUACCUACAUAAUCUGCUGUCUAAAUAAAGAAUCUUAAAUUUUUGAAAAA